AUGAAUUCGAAUAAUUCUAUAUUCUUUGUAAUUUGCUUUUGUUAUUCAUUCUUUUGUUCUGGAUUGUCUAUUAGCAUGAUUGGACCUCUAUUGCCAUCCUUUGUUGCUCAAAUUAAUUUAUCAAAGUAUAGAGAAGGUGACAUGACAAAAGUCUCAUUAGAGGAUUUAGGAUUGGUAUUUCCGAGCAGAGGUUUAGGAACAAUGUUGGGAAGCUUGUUAGGAGGAUUCUUAUUGAAUUAUUCAAUCAAACAUUGCUCGAGACAACAACAUUUAAUUCCACUCUUAUUUAGUACUACUGGAGCUAUUUUCAUGUUAUGUGCAAAAGUUUCAUUACUUUUGGCUUCACAAGUUCAAGUUUUUGCAAUUAUUUACUUUGUAGUUGGUUUUUGUAAGUGA